GGGGGAGGAUUAGUGGGUGCCAGUGCCACUGGGACCUGGCUGUGGCUCCCAUGGCUUGGGCUUGGGCCCACCCCUGGUCAACCACAGGCUCUACAUUAUCACCUAUGUCAUCAUCUGUGUCAUAAUCACAGUCACUCUCACAACUAUCAUCACUAUCCCCUGGCACAUAUUCUGGGUCAGAGUCUGAUGCUUGACCAGACAUGGCAAAUUAGUAGGGCAAAAAACACUAUGGCAGUAAAAUCCUCCGUACGCAUGCUCACUAAGGCAAAAACAAUACUGAAUGCUUAGCAGGACAUAAUGAGUGGCUAAUGAGUGAUGACGUGUCAUAUGGCGUCACACCUAUCUCAAUGCCCAUUGGCUAGAGGGGUAUUGUAGGUGGAGUCAUGCAUGACUCACGUACAUCGCAGGGUAGCAUACAAGCCAAAGAAACAAAGACCCGAAAUAAUACAAGCAUGUACUUGCCCCUAUACGAUUGUAAGGCGCGAUAUCGUAUACGCGUACGAGGUUGUAUGCGUGUAAGAGGGCCCAUACCUCGUACACGCGUACGAGCUUGUAUUUAAAGGGUUAAAGCCAUGUGGGUGUCGUACCUUGUCAUAUGAUUGCUUGCUUAAUACAGUCAAAGUUAUCUAGAUAAGUGCAGACUGAAGGAGAUAAGAAAAACUCUGGGAACAAAAGGUCUUUCAUUGUGCAACCAAACAUUUCCCAACAACGUGCACCCAAGGUUACCCUAACACUGCUUCUUGAAAUUCAUCCACAUCAGGGACAAUUACCUUAUCAUAAUGUUUGGCAAAUGUGGUUUCUUGAGACCAACCAGCUUUUGCCAUAAUGUGGGCCACUGGUACUGCCAUAGCCCUGGCUCUUGAGGCUGCAGCUGGUCGCACGCUGCCAGCUGUGUACCUCGCUGCCCCCGACAAAUCCAGCAUUGUUCUGAUCCAUCUGGCUAUUGUGUCCUUUGAUACAGGUUUGUGUGGCUUGACAAAGCUUAUGAACAACUGACCGUCCUCUUGUCCAACAGCCCUUAACUGUUUUGUUUUGGCAAUGUACAACCUGAGAGUGUCACAUACACAGAGGUUCGUGUCUCUGGUAUAGGCUCUAAAUCACACAAACUGAGUGUUACAUUGUGGCUGGCAUUGUUUGAUGUUACCUCCUAACCACAUGGUAAUGGAAUCUUCUUUUAUGCUAGCAGGUGUAGAGUUUGGACACGGGCUGCCUGUGUAAGAGCCAUAAGCAUCGCUAGUUUCUGAGUGAGCUCUUUCAGAGUGAGGUUAUGGGCGGGAGCCAGGUGUCAGAAUACCUGGGUGUUGGUGGUCUCAGAUGAAACACCCCUCGUAGUAGUCUGUUGACCAUGGGAUGGUUGCCUGCCCUGCAGCCGUCUACCACUAUCCCGAGUGAAGAAAGGUCUCCCCUGGCAGUGUUGACGCAGUCAUACCCGACUCCUCUGUGAAAGGUUUCAGAUAAAAAAGUUAUUAUGUGGUUGACAGAGGGAUUAAGGGAAUCGAUGUCCCCUCUACAACAAAAUUGUGUCCAUCUGCGAACAUGGGUAUAAUACUGCUUUGGGUUCCUGGCUUCCAGGAGGCCAUGAUGAAUUCCGUACCCUCAGUCGAAAUGCCUCAUUUUCGCAUGUUUUCCUGGACACCAGGCAAGCCAUCAACUUGAUGUGCUGCAUGAUGGGGUGAUUCUCUGCCGAAGAGGGAUGAGUUAGCACAUUGUUCGUCUUCGUGAUGAGCAGAGGUUCCUUGACAAGCAUGCAAAGAAGUGCCCCCAUCCAUGGCUGGGACGGCCACAGUGGUACCACCAGCCAUCCUUUUGCUUGUUCUGCUCGUAGUUUCUGCAGGCACCUAGAGAUCAGGGAAAAUGGGGGGAAGAUGUAAACCAAUUCAAAUUGUGCCCAACUGAUAGAGAACGCAUAAAAAAAUUCUACCUCUGGGUCAGGUUUCCAGGAGCAGUAUCGGUUUAGCUGUUUGUUCAACCGAGAGGCAAAUAAGUCAAUGCUUGAAGUCCCCAAACGAGACCAGAUAUCCCUAAAAAUGUUAACAUUUAGCAUCCAUUCAUGUCUGUCAUUGAAUUUGCGAGAAGCUGUGUCUGCCAUUAUGUUGUGUUUGCCGGUGAUAUGAGAGCAGGUAAUCCAAGCAUCCCUGCCUACACAUCAUUCCCAUAUCUCAAUGCAGAUCUCAUUGCAAAUCUUAGACUUUGUGCCACCCAUUUCAUUCACGUAAGAAGUGGCCGUGGUGUUAUAACAAAACACUUUGAUGUGUUUUCCCCUCACCUCAUGAGCGAAUGACUUCAGGGUAAGGAAAAUGGCUUUCAGUUAAUGAGCAUUGAUGUGAAGCUGUAAUUCAUCUCUGAGCCACCUGCCACCUAUAGUUUUGGAAUUAAGGCAUCCAGCCCAGCCUAAGUCUGAAGCAUCUGUGUAAAUUUCCAUGUCAGGGGACUUACGACAAAUUUUUCUGUCUUGCCUGGUAACGUUAGACACCCACCACCUAAGGUCAGCUUUCAUAUCCUCCGUGACUGGCAUCCAUUUGUCAAAAUUACCCUUGUUGGUUUGUAAUGCAGUUAUUUUUGCAGUUUCAAGUUUUCUGUAAUACAGCUUGCAUUUAUGUACUUCAUUUGGAUUGGUUGGGGAUGAGGCUAUGAAUAGUCAUGCAUGACUUCACACAAGCUUGGCAGAAAGUUUGGAGGAAUUAUGAGAUUGUCGUAACUUACCUUGGUAAGUGUGUGAUGAUUGGAGUUCCUCCUAAGCUGUGCUGCUCAGUUGUUGCGUGGUCAUGCAUGCCCACCCAUCCCAUUGUAUUACUGUCCCUUGUUUGCUUGGGCACCUUUUGGAUUUAUUUCAUGUUAGGUCUAAAGGAAUGUUUGUUCAUCUAAGUAUGCCUUGUGCCUAUCCUGGUUGGUUUACUGCUCAUAUCUGAGCUGGGACCAUUUUUUGGCCUACCUCACUCACCUGUAUGGGUUCAAUUUAUUGUUAUAGAAUUGUAUGGUUGUUUUAUUGUGAAUAUCCAUACAAAUCAUCACUACUCAUCCCCAACCUGAGACGAAAUUUGAGCUCUAGAUUCGUGCACCGCCAGUCAUGCAUGACCACGCAACAACUGGGCAGCACAGCUUAGGAGGAACUCCGAUCAUCGCACACUUACCAAGCCUCACUCAACACCUAUGGCUUCCGAGGUGAGGCUCUGGCUGCUCUGUGUGCUGUGGCGGAGGUUUCCAUCACCACCAAGACCAAAGAUGCUGUGAUGGGCCAGACAUACAUGUUUGAUCACACUGGUACUGUGACAUCUAAGAAGCCUGCACCUGCACCAAAUGGAACAUCAAUCAUGGCAAGAAACUUAUUCAAAAACCUGCCAGUUCGAAAACAGUACUACAGUUCAUCAAGAAGACAAAAGGAAGAAUUAAAGAAGGUUGAGGAUUUAGUGGUUGCAUUCACACUUGCAGCCCCUGCAGUGCACCUCACACUAUCACAUGAUAGGCUUGCAAUCAUUCAGAAGAGUUCAGUCAAGAAUGUUGGUGAAGUGUUGAUGAGCACAUUUCCAGCAGUGUUCAAGAAGUUAGUGUUGAGAGAGAGGAAUAUAGAAAAUAUACAUAUCACAACAUACCUACCCAGCUCAGGACCCUAUGAGAAUCCCAGCUUAAGUCGUGCUACACCUGAUCGAUUUUUUGUCUUGGUUAAUCAACGGCCAGUUGUUCACAAAUCUAUUGAAAAGAUGGUGAAGGCAUUCUACAGCCAAAAGGUACAAGGCAGUCAUGGGCGAUAUCCCUUGGGUGUAGUGAGCUUGUCUGUGCCUCCUGCUUCUGUGGAUGUUAACUUGGAACCCAACAAGACCAAGGUAUUACUUAGGAAUGAGAAUCUAGUACUAGAAACAGUACAGGAAAUCUUGAGUGAAUUGUAUGGUCCACUUGAGCAGCAUCCUAAGAAACCUAAUAAUGACGUAACAUCUGACAAAAUGGACGUCAUUACAUGCACCUUUGGAAGUCUUCAAGAAAACUCAGGAUUGCAGGCAGAAGAAAAUAUUUAUAAUGAUGAAAAUGAAAUUAAGGACUGUUUUGUUGACACAAAUGACAAAAGAGGAGCGGUAGUGUUUAAUGGAAAGAUUGGUGCAGCACACACCAAACAGACCACUUUUGGAAGUGUUGGCAGAGGUAUAACAGUUUCAGGUAUCAUUAGAGACAGUGAGAAAUGUGGUAGUGCUCUUGAGAAGGAUACGUGCAGCAAACCUUUUCAAGUAAGACAAAUGGAAAAAGAACAGAAAAAUACUAGUCUGACUAGUAACAAGACUGUAAGCAGCAGUGCUCUGUUAACUCUUAAUCACAGAAAUGCUGAGGAAGAAUCAUGCUGUGGAAAAAAUAAUGCUGUCUGUGCAAGCACUCCUAAGGAUGCUGAUGCUUGUUUUCCAACCAUAUCUCAAAGUAGUAUUGCAUCUGAUGAUGAUUUUGAAAACUUGCUACAUGAAAAUGAUUUGAGUGCUACCAAAGGAUUUGAAAAAGAAAUAUCAGGGAUUGCAUCUCUCCCACUUUCUUGUAUAGCUGAGGUGUGUGGAAGUGGUUGUGUCAAAAAGAAUAAUGCAGCUUUGGAGCAGAACUGUCAAAAUGUCCUUUCUAAAUCAAAUUUUGAUGAAAGCAAGCUUCAUGAAUCUUUCACAGGAUCAGAUGGAAUUCCUGUUUACAAAAUUCCCCCUUUACCUCCAUUGAAGGAAACAGAAAAUGAACAGGUAAAUGACAAAUCAGAGGAGUUUAGUAAACAAGAGAGAGAUCUUUUUAGUAAAGAAUCACUGGAAGACAUUUCACCAUUGCACUCUGGCCCUGGGGAAAGAGAAGGAAGUGUUGGAGGAGCUUGGAGCAGAGGCAUGGCAGUGGAAGGAAAAAACGUUCAGACAGUUCAGGUAGUCAGUACAGCAGCUCUUGGAUCAAAAGUUAUGUCAGGCCAGGCUGCAGCUAGGACAGCCAAACGUCAUCUACUACCUCGUGAAGCUGGCAGCAUGUCAACUACACCACCAAAGAAGACCAAGAUAAAUUCUUUAGCUCCAGCUCAUUAUGAUCAUUCUCAAGGAACACCACUGAAAAAACCCUCAAGCCCUUUUAUAUUGUUUGCUAGAGAUAUUCGUCGUCAAGUACUGCGUGAACAUCCUGGAGCUGAUUUUGCAUUUGUGGCAAAGGAGAUGGCAGUCAGGUGGAAAACUUUGGACACAGACUCGAAAAGCCACUACAGAGAGCAGGCAAAGGCUGAGGCUGAAAGAUUUCACAUGCAAGUGAAGUUGAUGAAAGAAAGUCGAGCACGUAGUGGUGGCUCUCCAAUGGCUAGAGGAUGCAGUACUGCAGGUUCUCUAGAUAGGUACAUUGCCCCACUCACACCUUACAUAAAGAAUAAAGGAAAAGUCAUACGGCAAGAGCGUUUUACAGGUGGUAGACCUUGGCUUCAGCACAGAAAAGAUAUCAAAUGCUCACUUGAUGCUAUAAAAGAAAAAAUGAAUAAAAAAAACUGUGCCAAAAAUACCAAGAAUAUUAGAAAUAGUGAUGAUAUCUUGACAAUACUUGGGCAAGUUACUUCAAAUGGAGGAUGGGUUUGUGUGCUAGGGUCUGACAUUGUAGCUCUGAAUGUGUACAGAGUCUAUGAAAUUGUCUUGUACAAUAACCUUUUGAAGACUUUUAAACUAUCCAUGAAGUCUCUUGAUACUUCAAUACCCUUCAAUGCAAGCAAUGUGGGAAUGGAGAACUGGACAGCCUUACUGAUGCUACCACGAGAGUUGGUUCCUGAUCGCAAUUUUUAUUGGGUUACUGAUCAAAGACUCAUGGCUAAUGGGUUUCAUAUUGCUUUGUUUCCUGGUACCACAGCUAGUGUUACUAUAUCUCAUGGAGAAAUCACACAAAUGGCACAUACUGUCAAGUUUUAUGGGAUCACUGACUUGAAGGAAAUUCUGUCUCUUCUUGCUGCCUCUCCACUUGCCAGCCUUCAGCAGACACGCCCUCUCAAACUGCAGCAUUGGAUAAAGGAAGAAGUUGUGAGAUUGGUUCGAUCAGCACCAAACAUUUUAAGACAAGAGGAUGUUCUUGAAAAAGUGAAGAGUUUACAUUUGCUAAGCAGUGGAACUAAAGAAGUGGAGCAACUACCACUUGAUCUUAAAUGUAUUCAUGGUAAACCUGUUUUUACCAGACUGCAUUCCUUACCAGACCUUCCAUCCUUGGAGCAGGAACACAGUAACAUUCCAACUAAAGUGAUCUAAGGGUAAGACAAGCUUUCUAAGAUGUACCAUGUCCAUCUAUAUCUUUAUGAGUUUGACAUUUCUGUGUGUGUGCCCUAAUUAUUUUGAUGUAUACAGGACCUGCUGAUGCAAGGAAUCCUGUCUUGAUAUUGUUUUUUCUGCCUACUUAUUAUAAGUGAUGUGCACACCUUAGUUUUUUUUUUUUAUUCUUCAGUGAUUUCCAUAUAUCUGUGCAUCUAUAGGGAAAGCUAUUUGUUUUUCAUGAUUUAGGCAGGUAUGUUUCUUCCCUCAAGUAUUGUAUCAUCUUAAAUAUGCACAUCAUUGCACAUGAUCUUUUUAUCAAUAACAAUUAAUUUUUGUACAUUUCCUUCAUUUCUUUGAUGAAAUUAUACUGUGUUGGAAUUAUGUCUUCUUUCAUGUUCUAUUCUUUAACGUAUUAUGUUUCCAUAAGUGUAUUAUUCUUAUAUGUGGUUAUUUGUUAUUAUCACUCCCAAACUUUUUUCAAUUGCUUUCAUUAUUACAUAAUUUUCUGUCUUGUAUGUUGACAUUGGUCAUUUUUCAAUUUUCCAUUUCCAUUAGAUGAUAUUUAACUGCAUCUCUCUCUCUCUCUCUCUCUCUCUCUCUCUCUCUCUCUCUCUCUCUCUCUCUCUCUGUAGCAGUCCAAUGUGGUUGUGUUUGCUUUUAAUUCUGAAAUAUUGUUCACUUAUAAUAGUUCUCCAUGAGGUGCUUUCUAUUGCAUUAUACACCAUUUUGAUUUUUUUUUUUUUUUUUUUAUGUAGGAGUGUCAUUAGCCAAGGACAACAAAAUUUUGAACAGGAGUGCCAAUUCCCUGAGCUUCCAAAUAGAAGAUAAAAAAAGAGAUAGCUGAGAAGUGUCUUGAAUUCUCCCUCUUGAGAAGUUCAAGUCAUAGGAGAGAGGAAAUAUAGAAGCUUGCAUAGAGAUUCAGAGUUUACUAGAGAAUAGGAAUGAAUGAUUGAGAAUAUUGGUUAACUCACAUUAGAGGUAGACAGAAUAAGGAUAAAAGAACGUGUAAAGGUUGUGAGAAGAGGGAGACAAGCAGUUAGUAUGAUCAAAAGAGAUGUUAGCAUGAAGAUGAUAUUACAACAUAUUGCAAUAUUGAGGCUGAAGACAGUAAGUUAGAGCAGAGGAGUUAUUAGGGCAAAAUGCUUUUGAUUUAAAAAAUACCUCCUCUGGUAAAGCAUUGUGGCAAUCUGUCACUACAUGGAUUUAUUUUUUUUCUCAUCUUUUUCUUAUCUUCUCAUUGUUCCUUUUUCUACUUUGUCCACUUAACAUAUGGUUUUCUUGUGAAUAUGAGUCUUGCAAAGAGUGUAGAGCCUAAAUAAUGCAAGCCAUUGAUAAAAGGUUGUGAUCUUUCUUAUACUGCAUCUCAUCCUAUUACUUAACAAAAACAGUAACUGCUUUUCAUUAGUGAAAACUUUUCUACCUGAGCAGGGUGCAAACCUCAGCCUACCACAUGACAGGCAGAUAUAUCAUCUAGUAAGCAGUGUUUAUAUAAGAGUAGAUAAGCUAUAUAUAUAAAAAAAAAUCACUACAAAAAAUAUGCCAGCUUCAUUUACUUUGGGAGCAUUUGUCUUAUGUAGCCUCAGGCUAGUACAGUGGUAAUGCACUGGCCUAGCAUUAUUGAGGUUGGCAGAUUGAGUCUCGCUUGGGCCCAUGAGUUUAAGCUGUUUACUGGGAGGUUACUGCUUUGGUUGAACUGCCACAGUGAGGAGUUGGGUUUACCUGACUGACAUUCUGGGGAGCAUCAGAUGUGUUGUAUAUUGGAACUAAAACCAACAAACUUUAAUUUAAAUCUAUAUAUACAACCAGAAUUUGCACUCCCAGUAAACAUGUUUUGAAACCCAAAACAUGAAUACUUUAUAUACCAUGAUAGUACUUUAAUUCUAAAUUCAGCUUGACAUACGUAUACACAGCACCAAGAUUUAGCAGGUAUGUAUUUUGACUUAUAUCAAGAUGCAUUUAGAAAAGAAGAAAGAGUUAAACAGAAGUUUUAUUCAUAGCCAAAAGAAAUAGUUAUCAGCUGAAAUUCACACAAAACAGCUAUAUUGAAUAUAAGAAAGCUUGUACCUAAAAUAAAAUGAACACAUGAGGGUUACAUGUGAAGUAAAAAAAUAUAUAUG